AUGCCAUUAAUGAUUGACUGCACCUCAUCUUUGGAGAGUAGCAAGAUUAAGGUGCAAGACAACUUUGUUUUCACCUCUUUCGUGGAGUCCGUAAAUGUAAACCAAAAUCGCACAAAGCCCAUGAAAAAUCAAAAAACCUCAAUAUCUACGUCCAUCUCAAAUGAGAUUAUUUUUAAUAACAUUACAAUGACUCAAUGUGAGGAAGAUGAAGAAUGUGCGGAUGAUAUGGUUAUAAUUGACGAAAGCACUCAAAAAAAUGAAGCAAAAAGACCACCAAGACCACCGAAUGCAUUCAUCCUGUAUCGAAAAGCCAAACAACCGAUGAUUACUAAAGAGGUGGGUCAAAUUUCCAAUAAUGAUAUCUCAAAGAUCCUAGCAAACUUGUGGAAAAACGAGCCCGAAGAGAUCAAGUUGCAUUGGCGGAAAAUCGCGGACAGAAAAAAGAUGGAACACAUGCAAGCUAACCCGGGAUAUAUUUAUCAGCCAAAGAAAAAAAAUGUUUUGAAUAAGGAAAAUCGAAAACGUCGAAGAACGGCUCCUAAAAGGAAAUUGCCUCAAAAGGAUUUUAGCAAACCCUCAACUUCAAAUAUUAAUUGGGAGCAUAUGAUUUCAUCAAAUGAAGAUGUUAUACCGCCUCAAACAGUUUCAUGGUCUUAUGAUGAUUUAUCAUCGCAUUAUCCCCAAAUAACGUCUCAAUUUCACAAUAUACCAACUUUAUCCGCCUAUUUCACACAACCUCAAGAAAUAGUUUAUGAUUUAGGAGGGGAAUGUAACGUUCAAUCCUCGCAACAACUUGAACCAAAUUAUUAUUUUUUUACAGAUCCGUUUAGGGAACAUUUACAACAAAUCGACGAGACAAUAACUUUUGAUAUUAAUUAUUAUAAUUCUCAAAUUGUCCCCGAAGAACCUUACAAUCAUGACGGUUAUUAG